AUGCAGGUGAGAGGACUUUUCAAGGAGCUGAACGUGGAUGCCAAAUUCUUUGAGCUAGACGAGAUGGCGGAUGGGCAGGAUGUGCAGGAUGCCCUGUAUGAUGUGUCGGGCAGCAGAACAGUCCCCCAAGUCUUUGUGGGGGGUACGUACAUCGGAGGUGCUGAUGACACACACAGCAAGUACAGAUCAGGGGAGCUGAAGAAGAUCUUCAGUGAUGCCGGAGUGAGUGCGAGCUUGCGUCGCCACCAGUCCGACGAGUUUCUGCACAGGCUGAUUCAGCAGGAGCGCGAGAACAGGCAACUGAAUGCACCACAGGGAGGGCUGAGGAGGAAGAGUGCUGUACCACACAUGGAUGAAUUGGGGCAGCCAGAUGCUGUUCCUGCAGGAGACUUCAAGUACUUCUGCGUGGGAAUGGGCAUCUGGGAUGGAGAGCGGAUGAAGCAGAACAGCAAACAGGCGAGCAAUCCCACAGACCCAGUGGAGCUGCCCCACUGCGAAGGGCUUGAGAUCAUAUCAGCAACGCAGCUGCAGCAGACCCCUGUCGUCUUGGCAACAAGUGCCACCAUACCCAGCACAUCUGAGCCACCCAGGGAACCGCAGCGGCCAGGGCCUCCUCAGAAGUAUGAGCCUGAGCCAACCGCAAUACUUUCCUGGAGCAAGCGGAGUGGGUGGCGCAGUGGACUGGGGUACAUUCCCUGA